AUGAAAAAGAUGUAUGAUGAUGUAGAUGAGGAGGACAUGAAUGAGGAUGAAGGACAGAUGCUUAUUUCGAGGCUAGGUACUCUGAGGAACAUUUCUAUAGACAUGACUAAGGAAAUAGAAAAGCAGAAUAAGAAGAUGUCUCAAUUGGACCAGUCGUUCCAGCUCUCAUUAAGCAGGAUAUUUGCAACAAUCAAAAGUGUCAAGAACUCGUCUCCAAAGCGGUUUAGAUCGUGGAUUUAUUUUAUAUUUGGAGGACUGCUGCUUUCUCUUUUAUUCUUUGUGUUGUUCAUUGCGAUUUGA